UGUAAUUGUAUCUUGACCGUCGGUUUUGGGGGAGCUCAACUAUAAAUAGAGAGCCUCCCCUCAUUUGUACUCACUCCUGAAUUGUUUCAUUAUUCUUUGUGAAUAAGAGAAGUAGAGAGCAUUUACUCAAACACUUUACGAGCGCUCUUUCUGUUGUUCUUUUGCUUAGCUUCUUUUGGCAUAAAAUCGCUUCCGCUGUUCAAUUGGUGCCUUGGAGGAGUUCUUAAAGAAUCCUCAUCGAGUUAAGGCUGACUUGGGCGAGUUUGGAGCAAACGGAUCGCCUAAGGCCGCACGGAUUGCGAGACGAAAGGUCUAGCCCCGUGACAUGUGCAUGAUCUUCUUUAUAUAUUCAAAAGAUUUUGCAGGGUUUAUUUUGAUACUUUGAGUGAUAUCAGUAAAGAAGAGUAUGGCAGGGAAGAUUUCAUAUAUAUUUCUUUGUAUGAAUGUGAUCCCCCUUUUAGCGGCUGCUGCAUCACAAGCUUGCUCUGCUCAAUCUGAUGCAAAAUGUUCUCAAACCGGUGAAUGGAAUGGGGAAUUUUUCCCUGGAAUUCCCAAAAUCAAGUAUGAGGGUCCUUAUACCAAGAAUAAAUUUGCAUAUAAAUCGUAUAAUGCAGAAGAGGUGAUUCUUGGGAAGAAAAUGAAGGACUGGUUGAGAUUCAGUGUGGCAUUUUGGCAUACAUUCCGUGGAACCGGUGUUGAUCCUUUCGGUGCACCUACGAUAUUUUGGCCAUGGGAAGAUGGUACCAAUUCCAUUGCUAUGGCAAAAAGAAGAAUGAGAGCCAACUUUGAAUUCAUAAACAAGCUUGGUGUUGACAGGUGGUGUUUCCAUGACCGGGACAUUGCUCCCGAGGGCAAAACACUUCAGGAAACUAAUUCAAACUUGGAUGAAGUGGUGAAACUCGCUAAAACACUUCAGGGAAACAAUAUCCGUCCAUUGUGGGGUACGGCUCAACUAUUUAUGCAUCCUCGUUACAUGCAUGGUGCUGCUACAAGUUUGUUUUGCAGCUCUGAAUUGGGUGUAUAUGUAUAUGCUGCAGCUCAAGUCAAGAAAGCCAUGGAGGUGACACACUAUCUAGGGGGAGAAAACUAUGUGUUUUGGGGUGGUCGUGAAGGUUAUCAAACACUAUUGAACACAGACAUGGAAUUUGAACUUGAUCAUAUGGCAAAAUUUCUUGAAGCUGCGGCUGCCUACAAGAGGAAGAUUGGAUUCACCGGAACUCUACUGAUUGAACCUAAGCCUCAAGAACCUACAAAACAUCAAUAUGAUUGGGAUGCUGCAACAACAACUAAUUUCUUGCGAAAAUAUGGGUUGAUCGGGGAUUUCAAACUUAACAUUGAGUGCAACCAUGCCACACUCUCUGGUCACAGUUGCCAUCAUGAUGUUGAGACUGCAAGAAUCAAUGGAUUGCUAGGAAAUAUUGAUGCAAACUCUGGCGAUGCUCAGACAGGUUGGGAUACAGAUCAGUUCUUGACAGAUACUCGAGAGGCAACUAUGAUCAUGCUAAGUGUGAUUGAAAAUGUAUGUGAUUGAUUCUUUUUAUUACCUUUUGUUAGUUCAUUGAGAUUUUCUUCCUUACGCUUUAAGACUUUUCAGUAUCCGGUAGUUGCCAUUGGAUUCCAAAUAUUUCAAAGUUGAGCUAAGUUGUUCUCAAACAAGGAGAAAACUCUCCCGGUGUUUAUUUUCUCCAUUCACAAUACUCCUUUGUUUCAGGGACACUGAGCUUCUUAUCGUUUGACCCAACAGACCUUUGGUGUUCGAUGAGAAUUUAUUUAUCAUAUUUGGUUCACUUUUGUUUAUGACAGGGAUGCAAAAUUACGGAGAGAGAGCACAGAUGUUGAGGACUUGUUCAUUGCUCAUAUUGUUGGUGUUGACACCAUUUUUUUGAUGAAAAACGGUGGCGACUCCCGUUUUUUUCGAAAUCAUUUAUUAAAAACAACCACUUUUGGAGGUGAUCCGAUCACACCUCAUCAAAAAGGAUCGGUGGCGACUCCCGUUUUCGUUUUCAUUUUUCAAAACCCAAGUCGACCCCGUUUUUUAUCCAAAAAAAAUGGUGUCAACAGUUGGAAUGGACACCUUAGCCUGUGGACUCCGAUAUGCUGCCAAGUUGAUUGAGGAUGGUUCUUUGGCUAAGCUUUUUCAUAAACGAUAUUCAAGCUUCUAUAAUGAACUCGGUGCCCUCAUUGAGGCUGGUAAAGCUGAUUUUGAAAUGCUUGAGAAGAAAGCAAUGGAAUGGGGCGAACCUACGGUUGCUUCAGCCAAGCAGGAACUUGCGGAAAUGAUCUUCAACUCUGUGCUAUAAGAGGGACCUUGGCUAGCAAUGUCUUUUGCAAUUUAGCAUUAGGAGUAAUUGAUGAUGUUCAAUAAGUACAGUUUAUGUAAUUUUCUUUUUUUUUUUUUUAGAAAUCUUUUGUACCUAAAUUUCACUCUCUUUUUUUUUAAUUUGGUAUUUAAUUUUUUUAUGUCCAAUUUGGUAGACUCCAUUUCCUAAUUCGAUAUUUAAUUUUUUUGUCCGAUUUGAUGUUAGUUUAUUGAGAUAACAAAAAUAAUCAAUGUAUGGUGAAUGACAUGGUGUUUCUUUUUUGUA